CAACCACAGCGACCACGACGACGAGGACAUCCCACCCACGCGAGAGGUCUGAAACCCAAGGCAAACCAACCGACCGAUUAACCCACCACCGCCUCGCCUCGUCUCCGCUCUCUUCCUCGGACCAAGCCGGGCCGUUCGGCGGGAGGCAGGGGAAGCACGGGCAGGCAGCCAUGAACGGCAUCAACCCCAACGGCGGGUUCCUGUCGUACGGGAACAUGGAGAGCUACGCGAUGUGGGUGGCGACCGGCGUGGCGUCGGCCUUCUUCGCGUCCCUCGAGCGCUGCUCCUGCAUCCACCUCCACACCGCGGAGGACGACGGCGACGAGGAGGAGGAGGACCUCGAGGAGGCCCGCCGCUCCUUCUCCCGCCCGAUCCCUGAGUACUACUACGACCGGUCCGGCUCCUCCGCCUCCGUCGCCAAGAUGUGACCUGACCGAACCGCGCCUCCCUCCGCCCAAGAAAUGCGUGGUGAUACGAUCCGUUUCUUGAUCUAUUAUGUGCUCUUGCUUGAUUCGUUGAGUCUCUAGCCAAGAAGAUGAACAACAACAAAAAUAUAUAUGGUGCUGCGUAUGCCCAUUGUAACAGUUGAUGAGAUCUGUGACUCCCCGUGUGUCCCGUGAGUUGCUGAUGAUUUCGUUCCCCCGUUUUUUUUAAUCUUUCCCCCUUAUUAUGGGGUCCCAAAUUGAUGCGGAGAUCUCGAGCGACUCUGCAAAUUUCAGAUGAGUGGUCAUUUCAAGAUUCCAAUGUUCGUCUG